AUGUAAUGCCGAAUCAUGUACUAAUAAUUACAGUUAAGUCGAUGUUAUCUCUUCUGUAAGCCGUGUUAGGGCGACGCAAUGAAAUGAAUGGCUGCCAACAUUGUUUUCUUAAUAAUUCACAGAUAAUCUUCUCAUACAGGAAUUAGAUUUGUGCGACUCUCCAACUAAAUUAUUUAACACACAAUAAUCAAAGGAAGGAUCGAUAAUCGUUAAUACUGAGACGAGCCUUGACGAAAAAUCAAAAUCUCGAAAGUUUAAGAGUGGCAGACACAAGUCGUGGCAUGUCACCUUAUUAAUCAUAGCCUAUAUUUGUAAGCGGUGACAGGUUUCCAGUAGGUUUUAAGUAAUUCAAAGGGUUUGAUCAAUAUAAUCGCGGGUCAUUUUAAAGGAAUGUGAUCACAACAGAGGAUAACUUCGUAAAGCAGUUAGGAUAGGAAUACCGAUUCCCAAAGAGCCACCGUAUGCCUAAGUUUUGAUUUAGUUGUUAAAGAAACAAAUCAGCUCUUUAUGGUUUCCAGCAUCCAAGAAAUAAGAAUUCAAAAUCAUCUCAACUUCCAGUGUCAUUACUAUCGUGCAUGAUAAAUCAAAAUCAAAAUGAGUGCCAUCCGAUCUUCAGUGCGUCCAGUCAGUAGUAAACAAAAAUGGGGUACGAUAUUGAAACCCGAGUUCGGUCUGGGAUAUCAGAAAUUAACACAAUAUGAAAUAGAUCAGACAGUUGAAAGACUAUAUUUUGUGCCGACGACUAAACAGAGAGUAGAUGACCGACAAAAGAAAGAAAUGUCAAGGAAAAAUAUACAAUCUAUGCUUGAUAGAGUGGCACAAACUGAAGAAAUCAACGUUCCUGACAGCGAUCGAAGAAUUUCCAGUUCUAUUUACAAAGAUAUGGGUGUUGUUUCUUCGUAUGCUUGGAAGGGCUACAACUGAUUUGUUUAAAUAAAGAACAGAGGCUAAUAUUUGUAUGAGAGAAACAUUGAAGUGUUUAUAAAAGAAUAAAUUGUUAUUAGUUUAAAA